AUGGAUGGAAACUCCAAAGUCGAACACUUAGCACCUCACACGGCUGAGGUUCUUACUGAACAUUUGAAAGAAUGCAUCCACUCUUGGAAUAUUGAUAUCAGAUUGUCUUCUAUAACUGUGGAUAAUUGCACAACUAAUGAUUCUAUGAUUGAUAUUUUUCUCCAAGAAUUUCCUUAUGGCUCGCUAAUGUUGCAUGAACGUUUUCUUCAUAUGCGUUGUUGUGCUCAUAUACUUAAUUUGAUUGUUCAAGAUGGGUUGAGUGCUAUGAUAAAAAAUGGUCUUGAUAGAACUAGGGAUAGUGUUGCAUUUUGGACUGCUUCAGAUAAAAGAAAUCAAAAUUUUGAACAAGUGGUUCCUGAAUGUACAAAAAAAGUUCAACUUGAUUACAAGACUAGGUGGAAUUCGACUUAUGACAUGCUUAUGAUUGCUUUAAAUUAUAAGGAGGUAUAUGUUGUCUUGAGUGGUCGUGAAAGUUUGUUUAAGAAUCCGCCACUUAAUGAAGAUUGGGAAAAGGUGGAGAAAAUUUAUGAAUUAUUAGAAGUGUUUAACUAUAUUACACUUGUAUUUUCUGCCUCAAAAUAUCCCACGGCAAACAAUUAUUUUCCAUGUAUUUGUGGGCUUAGAAUAGUAAUGUCGAAUUGGCUUUCAUUGCCUUGUGAUUAUAUAAGAAAGAUGGUGCUAGUAAUGUUGGAGAAGUACAACAAGUAUUGGGCUGAUGUUAAUGGUCUUAUGGGCGUGGCCACUAUACUUGAUCUGAGGUUCAAGCUGAAAUUGAUUCGUUUCUAUUUUGAAAAAAUUUAUGAUACGUUUACUGUUCAAGCUAAGAUUGAUAUAAUUGAAGGUCUUCUACAUGAAUUGGUGGAUGAGUGGAUAUAG